AUAUUCAUUCACGAUUUCACAAAUGUCAUUUCAGAAUCAAACUGCGCUGCAAGGGCCCGCUUUCGGCUGUUGGAUUUCUUUGUUUUUAUUUUUAUAAAUUAAUGUAACUUAAUCCGUGUAAAAAAAUACUACAAUCAUGAAAAAGGGAUACAAGGUUACUGAUGUGAAGAGAGAAAAGAAAAUUGGCGUCGCGGCUGAAAAUCUGGAAGAGUUGAUCGAGAAAUCCUGCAAAAAGUUAGGCUUCAAUGUCAGCUGCGCAGAAUGCCGGCUAUGUGUGGCGGAGGACGGGACGCACGUCGACGACGACGAGUACCUGGCCACACUGCCUCCGCAAACGCUCUUUAUAUUAUUGAAAAAUACUGAAAAAAUGGUCAAUGACUUUGACUACUACUAUGAUUUGAUCCGAUCACAAAAGAAAGAGUACAUAGAAACUGGGGCUGCAGCUAAAGAGUUCCUUAGCACCAACAUCAAGGAGAAGUUCAAGGUGUUCCAGAGGUACAUUCAGGCUGCUGAUGAUGCCAAGACCAUGCUUAGUGAGAGGGCUCAGGACCCUGACUGGUUUGAAGGACUAGAACCAUCAGAGAAAACGAAAGAGCAGUCGAUGUCCAAACGCGUUAAAGAACGAAUGCGAGGAUACUACUACAAGACAAAGUCUGCUCUCCAGUCAUCUGACGUUUACAUACACUCGAAGAACGGCCGAGGUAAGAAGCUCAUAGAUCAGUUCCUAACAGAUCUGCGGAACAUUCUCGAGUCUCACAAAUACAACGAGACUUACUUCAACCGCAAAGCAAACAAAAACGCGCGCAUUUGUGACGAGAGCGGCCUGUUCCAAUGCGGCGGCCUCUGGAGCACCGACAAGUGUCUCUACGAAGGCGAGCACGUCAUCAACCCCUACAGGAGCCGCGAGGAACGCAUCAUAUUCCAAACAUGGAAUCUCGACCAUAAGAUUGAGCUAUCAAGGUCCAUAAUCCCGAAAAUUCUCCAAGCGAUCGACGGCUUGUACAGCGGUGACAUUAAAUGUAUUUCAUGUGAUAGGGAUUCGAAGGUAGGCGGCAUCGAAGCCGAUAGGUAUUACUUGCAAAUAUUUACGCGCGAAAACCUUAAGCUGGUACACAUUGUGUGCCAUUAUAAAGGCAAGCAUGACGCCGAGUCGGGCGUGUACACUCUGUGCAAGAAGUGCUUUGGCGGCCAAAGUAUUGAAUAUAAGUAAGAGAUGUUUCUAAAAAGCGUUCAAUACAUAUUUAGGAUUUAGAGGCGUAUUUGUGACGCGAGAAAAAUUGCCCAGUCCUUAAGAUUUACGAGCGUUAUUGUACUUGCUCGGAGUUUAAUACAAGCCAGACAAACGCAACUGUGGCCUGAUAAUAAUUUAUUUUCUCGUAUGAAAUAUGUUCUCUGAAUACUGAAUUUGUAAUUGAACACAUAGCUGCAAUAUUUUUUCAAACAAAGUAUAUUUCUAUUCAUAUGUUAUAUUGUAUUGUAUGCUAUAGACUUAUAUGAUAUUUUCUUCGCAACCUGUGAUAGAAUGAAAUCUUGUUGCGUUGUUGUCUUG